AUGUUUUCUAGGCGGUUAUGGCGCAAAAGUUUCGAAACUGAGCUACGCCAUUUCCCGUCGUCUUUUCAUUUUCUGCGCGUUCUGCCCAGUCAGGUCAAAGCACAUAUCCAGCCAUGGCUGAAGUAGAGUUCAGCCCUCUGACACCAUCCUGCUAUCGAGCACUCACGGAUAAGCUCUAUGACAAGAGGAAGAUUGCUGCUGCUGAAAUUGAAAAGAUGGUGCGUGACUUUGUGAUGGCCAACAACACAGCAAUGCUGGACCAGCUGCUGGGUGUGUUCUGUGCCAUGUGUGACUCACCCAACACCAACACGGUGAAAGGAGGACUGAUGGGCGUCGGCGCCAUGGCCGUGGCUAUGGGACAGCCGAGCGUUGUUCCAUACGCAACGGCCAUGAUCGAGACAGUGCUGACAUGUUUCGUCAAAUCACACGAGUCCCGCCUGCGCUACUACGGCUGCGAGGCUCUGUACAACGUCUGCAAGUCCGUACGCAGCGCCACCAUGCCCAGCUUCAACCGCGUCUGGUGCGCCAUGGCUCAGCUGAAGACUGACCCGGACCUAAACGUGCGCUCCGGCGCCGACAUGCUGGACCGACUUCUCAACGAUCUAGUGGUGGAGUGUGUUCAGUUUGACCUGCCCUCACUGAUGCCGCACGUGCGGGAUCGUGUCUACACGGACGAGCGGAUAGUGCGUCAGCUGAUAAUCAGCUGGCUGGGGCACCUGCACUCGCUGCCAGAGCACGACCUGCUACCAUUUCUGCCGGAGCUGCUGGAUGGCCUGUUCCGGAUACUCUCCGAUCCGGACGACACGCUGAUGACCAGCUGUGAGAGCCUGCUGCAGCGUUUUCUGGACUCGAUCCACAAGCGGUCGAACACGGUCAACUUUGCCGGCAUGAUCUCCGUGCUCAUCACGCACAUCCAGUCGCAGGAUCCCAACACACAGCGUGUAGCGGUGUGCUGGACCAAGGAGUUUGUGGCUCUGGCCGGCCCCAGCCUGCUGCCUCAGCUGGCUGGCAUUCUGCUGGCCGUACUGCCCUGCCUGGCGCUCCAGGACGACACCAGACAGUUGACUAAGGAGAACGCCAAGACCAUCAGCUACAACCUGAUGCAGCUGGUGCGGCCGGACACCAGCGUCGGCAAUGCGCCGUUCUCGCCGCCGGCCGCCGCGGCGCCGGCGCCCGUGCAGACACCGCCGGCGAGCGGCAUCAACCUGCAGGCGGUGGUCGAGGUGCUGACCAGCCGGCUAGCCGACACGCAGUCCGUGCCCACCAAGGUGGCCAUCCUGAAAUGGUUCCGACAUCUGGAGGAGCAGCUGCCGGAGGCGAUGUACCAGCACCUGGACAGGGUGUUCCCAGUGCUGCUGACCAAGCUGUCCGACCCUGCCGACGAGGUGGUGGUGCUCAACAUUCAGGUGCUGGCGGAAAUCUGCUCCGCCAACCCGGCAGCGCCACAGGAGAUCGUGGGCUCGCACUACUUCAACACGGUGAUGGAGAGUCUGCUGGAGGUGUUUGAGAACAACCUCGGCCUGCUGGAAGACCGUGGACCCAUCAUCAUCCGGCAGCUGUGUAUUCUGCUGAGCGCCGAGCAGAUUUUCCGCACGCUGGCUACGUCGCUGCGCUCCAACACGAACCUGGACUUUGUGUCGCUGAUGAUCCGGCAGCUGAACACGAUUCUGCUGACGUCGGCGGAGCUCUACGAGCUGCGCACCGAGCUGCGACUGCUCACCACUGAGGAGAGCCGAGGGCUGUUCGUGGAGCUGUACCGUACCUGGUGUCUGAACCCGAUCGCCACCAUUUCACUCUGUCUGCUCACACAAAACUACGAGCACGCCCUCGCCGUGGUCAAGUGUCUUGGCAGUAUAGAGGUCACGGUGGACUAUCUGACGGAGCUGGACCGGCUGGUGCAGCUGCUAGAGACGCCCAUCUUCACCUACCUUCGGCUGCAGCUGCUGGAGCCGUGGCUGUACCCGGAGCUGCUGGACACGCUGUACGGCCUGCUGAUGACCCUGCCGCAGACCGAGGCCUUCACGGUGCUGCGCCGACGGCUUGACUGCGUGCCCAAUCACCGGCGGCAGCAGGACAAGACACCGUCCGGGGUCCGACCACAACGCCCCAAGCUCCCUAUGAGCGACGAGGAACUACUGGCCGAGUUUCACCGUGCCACCGAGAGGCGGCGCCAGUAUCGCGAGCUCUCGCACACUUCCAACCUGCUCGACAAGCUCAGCUGAUGACCCACCCGCACCGUACUGCGACGGUGCUCCAAUACGCACACAGAUCCCGCCGCGGCUCCGGACCAGCACACAGUUCUACCAUCAAUCUGUAGGUGGCGUAGCGUUCGACUUCGAUCCCAUCUCACCCAGGUGGGCCGGGGUGGGCUCACUGUCGCCUGAGCUGUGGGAGGUCACUUGCUCCUGAGGCUGAGGAUAUUUACAUCCUUGUCUGAGGGGGCAUUGGCGCCCUUGGCUAGAGAACGACAUUGGCACCUGGGUGGAAAGAGGACUUAAGCACAAGCACGGCUUAGGAUAAAGGCGCCCUCGACUAAGGGAGACGCUUGUGUCCUUAGCUGCGGACACUGCUACCCAGGGCCGAGGAGGGUCAUGUCAACCACCACCACCAGUUUGCGGAAGCUGUAUGUCACCAUCUGGGCUCGUCGGGCCGGGGGGGGGGAGGGGGACCGCGGUCACUCUCGAGGGUUGUGGUGGAUCAACUGAGUGUGUUUGCUUCUGUCUGCCUCGCGAGGCUGUUUAACCCGCCAUUGAGCUUAGUAUGUGGUGACUGCCGCCGCCACUUUUACCGAGGUAAUUGUGUGGUUUGAGUCGCCAUUACUGAGGUUUGGUGGCGAGGCUGCCUUGGCUGAAGCGACGAUGAAAAAGAGCACUUUGUCUUACAGAGGUAUGGUGUCUUUGUCAUUGCUGAAGGUUCAUGGUGGUUUGGGCUACCAUUACUGACGACAUUGGUGGUCUAACCCACCAUUACGAAGGUUUGUGAUGGUCGAAGCCAGUUGUGUUGAGUCCAGCGCCGCCCUGUGUGGGUCUGUCAGUAUUAGACCAACGUAUCCGCCUUGCAUCGGUGCACACACCGUCAGGGCUAACGACUUCUAAGACUGUGUUAAACGGGCAUCAUUCCGUCGCCUCUAUUUAUUCCCAUCUGGCUUGGACCUGUCCUAUGUUGUACCGUAUGUUUUAGUGGACAUGAUAUACCAUUUGGUGCUGUGUUGGCUUGCCUGUGUGCCUUGUUUACUCCUAUGUUGGGUGUAAAUGUUAAUUGGGCUCGUGGCUGCCUUGUUUACCCCUAUGUCGGACGUGAAGGUCGAUGGGCCCGUGGCUGCCUUGUUUACCCCUAUGUCUGGUGUGAGUGUCGAUUGGGCCAUGACUGGGUGGAUCUCUGCGUCCCCAGUCUCUGUCAGAGGAUGUUACCGGGCGGGCUAUCUCCGUUGAGUGUUUGUACUCAUGGAGUCUGUCUGUCUGUGUACCUGCACCCGCGCCCGCUGCCGCCUCUCGUUCACAUGUGCUCCACACACAAAGGAGAGUCCCACGCGCCGACGGGUGCCUUGCUUAGUCAUGCAGUGCUGAUGCUGCAUUUCCCAACGGCUGUGCAGCGUAUUUUCAAUGUAAUCAAACAUUUAUCAGUGGAGUAUUAUGAGCAUAUGAGUGUGUGUCUUAGUGUGCUAUGCUUUUACACAUCGUAUAAUGUUAAUCGUGAAAUAAUAAAGAUACCAAGGUGAAAGACA